GUCUAGUGCCGGCGCGUACGUCGACACUUCCUAUUCGACCGGUCGUUUGUCCGUGUGUGUUUGUGUUCAAUAUAUAUAUAAAUAUGGUGGAAGUGACGAAUGUGUUGCCCGCUGGGAAACCGGAGAGCAGCAUUGGCAUGCGUCAUGUUAUCACACUGCUGCUGUUCCUAGCCACGACAGUCUCCUACGCGACUCGAGUCAGCAUGAGCGUCGCUAUAGUCGCGAUGACCAGUGACAAUGAUUAUGGUUACCCAGUUUUCGACUGGGACAAAGGCGUCCAGGACACGAUCCUGUCAUCCUUCUUCUGGGGCUACAUAGUGCUGCAGGUGCCAGCUGGCAUGCUCGCGGGGAAGUUCGGGGGGAAGUUCCUCAUUCUGGCAGCCAUGAUCGCGACGGGUAUCGUCAAUUUGUUGGUGCCGAUAGCUGCUGUUCACGGUGGCUGGACUGCUGUAUGCGGUUGUCGGAUUGCGAUGGGUUUGACCCAAGGUCUUCUUUACCCAAGUCUGCACGGCUUCCUGGGUCAUUGGGCGCCGGUCAAUGAGAGAAGCAGACUAGGAACCUAUGUUUACGCUGGAGCACAACUCGGCACUAUCGUCGAGAUGAUGACUUCCAGUUUGCUAUCCGCGAGCCGCUGGGGGUGGCCCUCGGUCUUCUACGUGGCUGGCUUGACCUGUCUCGUCUGGUCUGGUCUCUGGCUGUUCUUGGGAGCCUCGACACCUGGCACUAGCAAGUGGAUAUCUAAGGAAGAGAGAAAGUAUAUCGAAACGAGCGCCGGCUCUGAUGAGAUUGGAACGCAUAAGAACAUGUCGACCCCGUGGAAGAGCAUUUGGACCUCAUUGCCAUUCUGGGCUAUUCUCUUAGCCCACUGUGGACAGAGUUUGGGCUUCUGGACCUUACUCACCGAGUUGCCUUCGUACAUGGCCAAUGUUCUCAAUGUUAAUAUAAAAAAUAAUGGACUCCUAUCAGCACUCCCAUACGUGGCCAUGUAUAUCCUCAGUUUUAUCUUCAGUUGGACCUCAGACUUCUUAGUAAACAGGAACAUAAUCAGUUCCGUUACAUCUAGGAAGAUAUUUAAUACUAUUGCUUUCUGGGGUCCUGCAGCCGCUCUCCUCGUCCUGUCGUACCUGCCCCCAGGUCACCUGACCUUAGCCGUGGUGAUACUCACGUUCACUGUUGGGUUGAAUGGAGCCCACUAUGUAGGAUUCAUGAUGUCCCACAUCGACCUGUCUCCGAACUUCGCCAGCGUCAUGAUGGGAAUCACCAACGGCUUCGGAGGAGUAUUCUCCAUCAUGGCGCCGCUUAGCGUUUCUGCUGUUAUUAAAGAUCAGACACAAGCAUCAGAAUGGCGCAAAGUGUUCUUCAUAUCAAUAGCCCUAUAUUUCUUCUGCAACUUAUUCUACAUCAUCUUCAUAUCUGGGGACUUGCAGCCGUGGAACGAACCAAAACAAAAAUCUGACGAGGAAGAUGGAACGAAAAAUGAAACAGAAAAAGAAGAAAAUGUGAACUUUUUAACACUUAGCAGCAUAAAUAGUUCAUUCAACUUUUGGAAUGUUGCUAGUUGGGGCGUUCGCCACAAACAAUGUGUGAUACUCAUGGUAGCACUUACAAUUGCUUACAGCUUACGAGCAUGUAUGGGCGUAGCUCUAGUUGGAAUGAUAGAAACUAGUCCUGUCUCAGAAAUACCAAAUGGAAGUAAUGUUAACGUUAGUCGAAAUGAAACUGAAUAUGGAUUGAAUGUAAGAGGAGCUGAUUAUGUAGCUCAUGGAUUCUUGAACGCGUUAAUGCUUGUUCCACCGUACCCUCAAUUCGACUGGAGUAAAAAAGUCCAAGACACUGUUAUCUCCGCCUUUUUCUUCGGCUACAUGCUUCUUCAAAUCCCUGGGGGUCAGUUGGCACAUCGUUUUGGUGCCAAGAAAUUAAUAGCCAGUGCUAUGUUCAUCAAUUGUGCAGCAUCUGUGCUGUUCCCUACUGUUACUUUUUACGGUGGCUGGAUCACCGCUGCUCUCUUCCGUAUGAUCCAAGGUUUAGCUCAAGCAUGCAUCAUGCCGUCUACUCACACUUUCUUAGGAAAAUGGACACCUUUAGAAGAACGAGGAAGGCUGAGUGGCAUGAUAUAUGGAGCACAAGCCUUAGGUCCAGUUCUUGGUCUGCCGCUUACUGGAUUUAUAGCCUCAUCUCCCUUAGGUUGGCCUGGAAUCUUCCGCUUCUAUGGAGUACUAUCGGGAAUAUGCGGUGCUAUUAUUUGGUUCUUCUGCGCUGAUAGUCCGGCACAGCAUAAGAAUAUUUCUGCAGCGGAAAGAAAUUAUAUUGAAGAAGCGUUGAGACAGAAAGGAGAGGCCAGCACGAAGCGGCACAAAGUUCCUUGGAGCCGCUUGCUUUGUCACCGAGGACUGUACGCAAUCAUCGUGGCUCACAUCGGACAGACCUGGGGCCAGCUCACGUUGUAUUCCGAAGUACCGGCCUUCAUGGACAAAGUCAUGGAAGUCAACAUCAAAGCGAAUGGUCUCCUUAGCGCUCUUCCUUUCUUGGUGAUGUUUUUCACAAACUUCUUCUUCAGUUGGUUUUUUGAUAUGAUUAUCGUGAAGAAAUAUAUUGGAGUCACGUGGGCGAGAAAACUUGCGCAGACAAUUGGGUGUAUGGGAUCAUCAAUAGGUCUGAUUAUAUUGGCGUACGCACCUCAGGAUAUUUACGUGGUAGAAACUAUUAUGGUGAUUCUUUGUGGAAUGAAAAUAGCUUGUCACUACGGGUUUUUGGUGAACCACAUCGACAUAUCGCCAAACUUUGCUGGAACCAUGAUGAGUUUGAGCAACUUCUGCUCCAAUUGUGUCGGCGUGUUAGCUCCAAUUGUUGCUGGCAUCAUUCUCACUGAUGUUACCAGCGUAUUCUUAUGGAGAAAGGUAUUCUUUGUGUCCAGUGGCCUGUACUUUUUCUCAAAUGUCGUGUACGUUAUCCUUGGCACUUCAGAACUUGCUGAUUGGAACGAACCAGAACAAACGAAGAAUGAUGAAGAAGAACAUGCUAUGAUAAAGAAAGAACAUAAGAAAUAAGUGAAUUAAAUUCUAGUCUUGUUGCUAUGAAUAGAAGAAGAGAGAUUAUUUAAGUAAAUGUGGGGCUGUCUGCCUAAAUGUUACUUUAGUUUCAUAGUUAUUAUGUUUUAUGUUAAAAUUCAUAUUCGUAUUAUAUAUUAAACUAUUUCUUAUAUUUUCCUUGUGCAAUAAGAAGAAUGA